AUGCCUCACAGUGGAGAGUCAAAUUCGAAAGAUGUGGGCAUUUCUGAAGCGAUUACUGAUGAAGCAUCUUCUGAGGCAGUGCACGAGAAGGAGAAAGCGAAAGAAGAGGCAUUGCAAGUGCCUCCCAUCACACUUCCUUUUCCCAACCGCCAAGUGAAGAGCAAGCUUGAAAAGCAGUUAGGUAAGUUCUUGGAGGUGGUUAAGAAUUUGCAGGUAAUAGUUCCUUUUAUUGAAUUAAUCACACAAGUGCCUGCUUAUGCUAAAUUCAUGAAGGACAUAUUGACUAGGAAAAGAGCUUUUAGUGAGGUGGAUACAGUUGCUUUUACUGAACAAUGUAGUGCUUUGCUACAAAAUAAAUCCCCUCCAAAACUGAAAGAUCCUGGUAGUUUCUCCAUCCCUUGUCACAUUGGAAAACUGUUUAUUGAUAAAUCUUUAUGUGAUUUAGGAGCUAGUGUCAGUGUAAUGCCUUUUUCUGUCUAUUCUAAACUGAAAAUGGGAGAUUUAAAAGUCACUAAUAUUACCUUACAAAUGGCUGACCGUUCUGUUAAAUAUCCUUUGGGUAUUUUGGAGGACGUCCCUGUUAGGGUAGGUAAGUUUUAUAUCCCUGUUUAUUUUGUUGUCCUUGAUAUGGAGGAAGAUCAACAAAUCCCUAUUAUUUUAGGAAAACCUUUCCUUCAUACGGCAGGAGCAGUAAUUGAUGUGAAAAAUGGUAGACUAACACUUUCUAUGGGGGAUGACAAUGUAACUUUCAAUUUGAGCAAUGCUUUGAAAGGUCCCAUGCUUGAGGAAAAAUGCCAUGUUAUUGAUGUAAUUGAUGUGAUUUGUCAUGAUAACUUGCCCCUAACUCUUAUGAAAGAUUCUUUGGAGGCCGUUCUUUGUCUUGAAUCUUCUACAGAACUUAGUCACAGCAAGAGCAAGAGAGUGCAGAGGUUAGUUCGGCCUAUAUGCAAAGUUGAGGUAAAGAAGUCUGAACUAAAACCUCUCCCUUCCCAUCUUAAGUAUGUUUUUCUUGAUGAGCAAGAGCUCCAUCCUGUUAUCGUCAGCACUACAUUCAAUGAUGCCCAACUUUCCCAACUUUUGGAUGUUCUGGAAACUCACAAGAAGGCCAUUGGGUAUAGUGUUGAUGAUUUGAAGGGUAUUAGUCCCGACUUUUGCAUGCAUAGGAUUCAUUUGGAAGAAGAUAACAAUCCUUGUAUUCAACCACAAAGGCGCUAA